CAUGUGAAAGUGCGUACUUGGCCGCAACGUAAAGCCCAUCCGCAGCGUCCAUUCUUCCGCCUAGUGACAGUAGCAGCUCCAUCCACAACACGACAGUCACAAUGUACGGCUUCAUUAACACAUGUUUGAGAACAUUAGUGGUCGAGAAGUUUGGAGAAGAGACCUGGGAGCAGCUCCGUUUACUUGGGGAAGUCCAGGACACCUUCAUGACCUAUGAAAUUUAUGAUGAUAUCAUCACCAUUCGCUUGGUAAAGGAGGCAUGCAAAUUGCUGGAUGUUUCUUCAGAGGUGGUGCUGAAGUUAUUUGGGGAGUACUUCUUCAGCUUUUGUAAAAUGUCGGGCUACGACGACAUGCUCCGAACCCUCGGUGGAAAUUUGGUGGAGUUCAUCGAGAACCUUGAUGCCCUCCAUAGUUACCUGGCGUUAUCUUACGAGGAGAUGAACGCACCUUCGUUCCGCGUGGAGAGAACAGAUGACGGUCGGACGCUUCUGCACUAUUACUCAGACAGGGAAGGACUCCAUCACAUAGUGCCUGGCAUAAUCGAAGCGGUGGCGAAGGAUUUCUUCGGCAGUGAAGUGACCAUGAGCGUCCUCGAGCAGCCCGAGGAGGCGGAGCGCACUGGAAAGAAGGAACAUGUUAUUUUCCUCAUGACACAAGCAAGUGAAGGGACAAAGGCUGAAGAAGAUGAAGGUCGAGAGCAGAGAGAGGUUGGAGCGAUGGUUAUGUCAGACAGUCUCCUUCCCUCGUUCUGUCCCAGGUACCCGAAGAAAUUGUGGAUUGAUGAGAAAGCUUUCUGCAAUGCUUUUCCCUUUCAUAUUGUAUUUGACAAGGAUCUGAUUGUAAAACAGACUGGUGUAAACAUACAGAAGUUUGUGCCAGGGCUGCAAAAGGCAGGCAUCCGUCUGGAUGAAUACUUCAGCGUGGUCCAUCCUGAAGUAACCCUUAACAUGUACAGCAUCAAGAAGUUCAUCAAUAGCCAGUUUGUACUGAAGACUAAGCGGGAGAUGCUUCCGGAAAGGUUUCAAAACCAGUCCAUGCUCAAAUUACGAGGCCAGAUGGUUUGGAUGGAGCCGCUGCAAUGUAUGGUAUAUCUCUGCUCUCCAAAGCUGCGCAGUCUGCAGGAACUGGAGGAACGCGGCCUGCACUUGGCCGACAUCGCUCAGCACGACACCACUCGUGACCUCAUCCUGCUCAACCAGCAGAGGCUGGCAGAGAUCGAGCUCUCCAACCAGCUCGAGCGUAAGAAGGAGGAGCUCCGCAUUCUCUCUCGCCACUUGGAAAUUGAAAAGAAGAAGACCGAGACACUGCUGUAUGCCAUGCUGCCACGUCAUGUCGCUAACCAGCUCAAAGAGGGCAAGAAGGUGGAGUCAGGCGACUUCAAGGUGUGCACUAUUCUCUUCAGCGACGUGGUCACCUUCACAAACAUCUGCGCGGCUUGCGAGCCCAUCCAGAUCGUCAACAUGCUUAACGCCAUGUACUCCAAGUUCGACCGCCUCACAAAUGUUCACGAUGUCUACAAGGUGGAGACGAUUGGCGAUGCUUACAUGGUGGUUGGUGGUGUGCCCAUUCCCAAGGACACACACGCUGAGCGCGUGGCAAACUUUGCCUUGGGCAUGAGGAUUGCUGCCAGGGAGGUGAACAACCCUAUCACAGACCAGCCAAUACAGAUCAGAGUAGGCCUACACACUGGGCCUGUGCUGGCUGGUGUCGUAGGGGACAAAAUGCCCCGCUAUUGUCUGUUCGGUGACACGGUCAAUACGGCAUCCCGAAUGGAGAGUCAUGGAGUCCCUGACCAUAUACACAUGAGUCCGUUCACCUACAGUGUCCUUAAGGACAAGCAGUUUAAGAUCCAUGAAAGAGGUGAGAUCCAAGUGAAAGGCAAGGGCCUGAUGACGACCUACUUCCUGCUCCAGAACCUUGAACUGUCUGAGGAGCAGAUCAUGGGAAUUGGGGAAGACGCCUCUUGUUUGUACAGAGAUGACCGUAAAGAGUCGAUGCAAGCGACAGAGGAUAAAGCAAAAGAAGUGGAAGAAGUGAGGAAAUCUCCUACCAAAGUGCAAAGCAGCAGCUCCUCCCCCAGUCUUUCUUCUGAUGAGCCUUCACCCCUUCCUGUCAUGGAUAACACUUCGCCAUAUUUCAUUGCGGCCGACUCUUCUCAACAUGAUGUAAUUCAUUACGUGCCUGAUUACUCCGAACCCAUAGAGAACGGCCUUCAUUCUGAAAAUGUGAACAUCAACUCUCGUCUCUGCAUACUUCUUUAAAUGUGGGUACACACAACCUUCAUAUAAGUAUAAAUUGUGCAAAUAUUACAUAUCCAAUAGGGGCUUUAGAACAGAUUAUUAUACAACCCCAGAGUUCUGAGAGUUUGGAAACUGUGUACAAUGGAAAUAAAUACACAAUGCAAUGAUUUGCAAAUCUCAAAAACCCAUACUUUAUUCAGACAAGAACAACAAAUAAAAGCAUAUCAAAUGUUUAAAUUGAGAGGAAAAAAAUGUGAUGGCUGUAACAUGUCUCAAAAAAAAGUUGGGAUGGGGCAAAUAAAGUAUGGGAAAAAAUGUGUUAUUAAAAAUUACACAUCAGGUCAGUGAGGAUAUAAAUGAUUUGGUAGAAAUUGUGUAUCUUAGAGAGGCAAAGGCUCUCAGAAGUAAAAAUGGGCAGAGCUUCAAAAAUCUACAAAAGUCCGUAUUUGAAAAUUGUUCCACAAUUUGUAGACAAUGUUCCUCAACAUAAAAUUGCACAACAAAUGCUUCCAUCCAGAAAACUUCUAUUUCAAGGAAGGCCUUGCAAACUGAAUAUUGCAUCUAUUACAACAGCAUGACUUCAUAGUAGAAGAGUCAGGAUGCUGAACUGCUCUGCCUGCAGGUUAGAACUUUUACUGUUUGAAAAAACAUUUGGCGCAUUGUAAAAUGAAAAACACAACAAAGUAAACCCAGAACUGUUGAGUUUGUAGAAUCCUGUAUCAGACAACAUUGGCAAUUGGUCUCUUUAGUUCCCAGAAGGUAUAUGGACAGAUGAUGUGAUGCUUCAAAAAUGACCGUAUUUUUUCCUUAAAAUGGUUUACAUUCUCAGUUUAAACAUUUGAUUACUAGCAAAUCACUGCAUUCUGUUUUGAUUCACAUUUUACAUAGUAUCCCAACUUCUUUAGAAUGGGGGUUGUACUUUCAUAGGUAGCAAUAAACAGAAAGGAUCAGUGCAGAUAUUUGCCAGAAAUCCCUGACUGACAAAGCAAAAGACCUUUGACACUAAUAAUAUAUCGAAAUGAGAGCUACCUCUGCUACAUGUACGUUUGUAGAAAUCAUUGCUCUUUAGUGGUCUAUUGGUGCGGGUUGUGUGUUACCAUAGGUUUGCCUGACUUUGUCAAACAUCUGCAUAAAUAUCUUUUACUAUAUUUAAUUUUCAAUUUAUUUAAGACCACUGUUUAAAAAUGUCACACUGUUACUCUUGAAUGAUUCAUUAAAGCCGACCUAUAUUGUA